UUGGUUUACUUGGUUUGUUGAAUGGUGACUAAACUUGCUACAUUUGAUUGAAGUUUAUGUGAAACUGAAAAGUGUCUUUUUGCUGAUGACAAUAUUUGGACCGAUCAAUAAGAACAAUAACAACUCUUUCAGGUUCUAAGACUUCAAAGUUACUGAAAUGGCCCAAUUUUCCUUCUUCAAUGACCUCAACAGUGCUGUCCGGAUGGAUGAUCCUCUUACAAGAGGUCCUGUCCCGAGGUGGCAAAAGAAAGGAUUGGAAAAUUCCAACACUAUGAACGUCAGCUUGAACAUGUCUAAGUCUUUUUCUUCUAACACGUCAAAAACUCCCAAAAAACUUGGAACGGCGGAGUUGGCCCAACAGAGAAAGACUCCAUCAAAAACACCGUCAAAAACUCCCAAAAAGUCACCAAGAUCAGUCCCUGGUACUCCGAGUGGCGGAGACAGGUUUAUUCCUGUCCGCAGUGCUUCCAACUUUGACCUCUGCCACUUCCAGAUGGCUCAACAAAAACAGAGUGAAGAGGCAUUGAGCCCGUCUCAGGCCGAGAUGCAGAAGGCCAUGUCAGAGAAUCUUCACGGCAGAGAUAUCAACAACUGCAGAGUUUUGGCUUUCCAGAAAAAGGCACCGGCACCCCCCGAGGGAUACACAAAUCCACUAAAAGUGGUUUAUAGCCAGUCCAAGACUCCUGCAUCAACGAGAGGCGCAAGCCGUUACAUUCCACAAGCUCCCGAUAGGAUUUUGGAUGCUCCAGAAAUUGUUGACGACUACUACCUGAACCUGAUAGACUGGAGCACCAACAACAUCCUGGCUGUAGCUCUAGGCAGCAGUGUGUACCUGUGGAACGCCACCACGGGCAACAUAGACCAGCUGAUGGAGCUGGAGGGCACCGACUACGUGUGCUCACUCAACUGGAUACAGGAGGGAGACAUGUUGGCUGUGGGAACGUUCAACGGACCUGUCCAGCUGUGGGACACAACACAGGCAAAGCGAGUACGAGUGAUGACGGCUCACACGACUCGUGUCGGCUCCCUGGCAUGGAACUCCUACAUACUGACUAGCGGCGCACGCAGUGGUCAGAUCAUACACCAUGAUGUGCGCCAGCGAGAACAUGCCGUUGCCACACUGGCCGGCCACUCACAAGAGGUGUGUGGACUGAAGUGGUCUCCUGACGGCAAGUACCUGGCGAGUGGUGGCAACGACAACAUGCUCAACAUCUGGCCACAGGCUCCUGCACAGAUUUACUCUCUACCCCAACCCCUCUACUCCUUCAGCGCUCACCAGGCGGCAGUCAAGGCCGUAGCGUGGUGUCCGUGGCAACCGAGCAUACUGGCCUCUGGUGGCGGAACUGCAGACCGACACAUCCGCUUCUGGAACUGCAACACGGGAACUUGCGUAAACGCCAUCGACACAAAGUCCCAGGUGUGUGCUUUGCUGUGGUCAGCAAAUUACAAAGAAAUUGUAUCUGGACACGGUUACGCCAAUAACCAGUUGAUCAUCUGGAAAUAUCCUCAAUUGACUAAGACGACAGAGCUGACAGGCCACACGGCGCGAGUCCUGCAUCUCGCUAUGUCACCUGAUGGAACCACAGUGCUGAGCGCCGGCGCCGACGAGACGAUCCGCAUGUGGAAGUGCUUCAUGGUCGACCCGGCCCGGCGCAAGGAACCUUCCGAGUCCAAGGCAGUCACUAGUAUCCUCAAGAAGGGCAUCCGAUAAGACUGAACGAGAUAUUGCAUUUAUUUAAGUGGCUUUUUAUGAUUGAAUCCGACCUAAUGUGUUGAAGUGACAACAGAUCAAUGUUUCGAAGUUUUUACUCAUUUUAUUCACUGAAUUUUUUUUUAUAUAAUAUUUUUUAUUUGUAGUUUAAAUUAUUACAUCAAAACCCUUGUUUUGUCUAUUCAAGGAAAUUUGUUAUAUAAAAGUGUAUUUUUUUUAAAUUUUAAUCUUUGUAUUAUCAAUAAAUGUGUCAAGACUGUUAUUGUUUAUACAAUUGGUCAGAUUCAAGAAGGACUCGAAACGGUUUAUUAACGCAGACACUGCAACUGUUGUGUUCUUAGUGUUCCUGAUUUUACAUGUUUUGUAUUUAUACUUUGUAUUUAUGUGUAUUAAAACAAGGCUUGCCCUGUCUAGACUUGA